AUGGUCAGGACGGACAGCGAUGGGGUCAAGUGCGAGUACCCAUCUCAGGGGACUUGGACCUUUGGCGACAUCGUUUUGAGCUCGGAGUUCUGCUCUGGGAACAUCGGGCAUGUGGAAGCAGUGGACGAUGAGCAGACAUGCUUCGAGCUGAGGACCUCGCCGGACUGUGCUGGGCAGCCGUUCGAGACGAACUACAGGACAUGGUUUUAUUUCAGCGUGUCCGGGGCGAAGAAAGAUCAGACCCUGACCUUCACUGUAAUGAACAUGAACCCGCAGACAAAGAUGUUCAACCAGGGGAUGAAGCCGGUGUACAGACUGGGGAGCUCUGCAUGGGACAAGUGGGAGAGGAUCAAGGACGAGGUCACAUAUUCUUGCGGUGAAGGAAGGCAGUUUCAGAUUCGUUUCAAGUUCCGCUUCUCCUCCGACUCGACGGUCUUCUUUGCCUUCAGCUAUCCUUACUCGUUCGAGGACGUGAAGAGGAAGCUCGAUGCAAUCCAGGACGCCGUCGCCUCAAAGCUGGGGGCGAAGACGUCGGAAUCCGCCAUCUACCUUGAGAGAGAGACUCUGACGUACUCGCUGGAAGGGAGGAGGAUGGAGGUGCUGACCAUCACCGACUACUUCGGAGCUUCUUCCGAGCGGGAGGAGGAGAUCGAAAACUUGUUCCCGGAGGGAAAGCAGCGGCCGCUGGUGUUCCCGGAGAAGAAGUACUUCGUGCUCUCAGCCAGGGUCCACCCUGGCGAAUCUCCUGCCCAGUGGAUGUGGGACGGAGCCAUAGACUUCCUAGUGAACAAGGAGGAUCCGAGGGCCAAGGCUCUCCGACGGGCCUUCGUCUUCAAGGUUGUUCCCAUCAUCAACCCAGAUGGGGUGGCCAGGGGUCACUACAGGGCCGACACCCAAGGGUUGAACCUGAACCGUUUCUAUGACGCCCCGGACAGGACAAGGCACCCGACGGUGUGGGCGAUCAAGGAGCUGGUGGUGUGGCUGAAGGGGAGGACGAACUUGAAGUUCUUCGUUGACCUCCAUGCUCAUGCCACGAAGCGAGGAUGCUUCUGCUACGCCAACGCGCUGCCCACGUACCAGGAGAUGAUAGACAACAUGAUGUACGCCAGGAUGAUCGCGAUCAACAGCGCCCACUUCGACUUCGGCUCCUGCGUGUUCAGCGAGAAGGCUAUGGAGUCCAAGGACAGGAACGGGCAGUCCAAGGAAGGGUCAAGCAGGGUCGGGAUCUACCGAGCGACGGGCCUGGUUCACUCCAUGACACCUCCUGCUGCCACCCAGGACCCGCGGGCCUCCCCCGGAGAGACGUGGAGGGGCCCGCUGCCAAAGUUCAACACGAGCAUCUUCAGGGACGUGGGCAAGGCGCUCAUGGUGGCGGCCCUGGACAUGGAAGAGCUGAACCCUUGGUCCCGCGUCCCCAACUCGCACAGCAAGAGCAUGGCAGAGACGCGGGAGUGGCUUGGAAAGGGGGGGAGGACGUUGCAGGAGGUCAGCACGAGGAACAAUGAGAGAACGCGGCGGGGGAGGAGGUGGCCGUGGAGGAGGCAGAAGAGCCACGAAGCCCCAGUUCCAGUGAGGAUGUGA